GCGGAGUCUGUAUUUAAGAGAUGAUGACUAUCCACUAGUGCUCACAUUGUCUCAGUUCCCGCUUCGCUGCGACGACACACAUUAGCAAAAUGAAGUUUCUGGUACUGACAGCGUUAGUGGCGGCGCAGCUUGUGGCAGCAAGCAGCGGGCCGGCUCCGGCGCAGACGCGCGACCGCCGCAGCUUCCAGCACUACGCGACCCCGCAGCUCUACGGCAACGGCAAUCAGUACUACACGUCGCAGGCAGGGUACGAGGUGUCGCCGCAACUGUACUCCACGCAGGUCUCCCCCAAAUUUUACAACUCCAGAACUGUGUCGCAAGGCUCCGUGUACCGACUUCCCUCCACCCCCUCCUCCUCAUACUACCCCUCGUCACAGACGUACACGCAGUACACGUCUGCGCCGCGUGUGCAGUAUAGAGUGCAGGCGGCGCCAGCGUACUCGCAGGUGUCCGUGCCCGCCCUCUACAACGCAGAGCACUCGGAGCACGCCUCCUCCUCCUCGCACUACCGCCUACAGGCCGCCCUGCCCGCUGCUCUCACCUUAGCCCAACCCUCAGCGCAGUACGCGCAGCCGUCCGCCCAGUAUGUGCAGUCAGCGACACAGUAUGUUCAGCCCUCCUCCGCGCAAUACGUGCAGUCCUCCUCUACGCAGCAUGUUCAGCCCUCUGUGCAAUACGUGCAGAGCAACGCACAGUACGCGCAACCCUCCUGGCAGCAGGGCUCAUGGACCGCCAACAACCCUUGGUGUUGACCUCAUAACCUUUUUAAGAUUUAAGAAAUAAAAAUUUUG